GCAUCCUUCUUAUUUAGAUAUCACAAAUGGCUCAAGCAAUUGCUUACCUCGAUGACAUCAAACCAUACAAAACCACUUGGAGAGUUCAGGUCCGUGUCCUUCAUACCUGGAAGACAUUUACCACAAAGUUUGGUGAGACUUUCGACAUGGUUCUGUCUGAUGUCAAAGGCAAGAAGAUCCAUGCGUCUGUGAAGAGAGAGCAUCUCAACCGUUUUGAGAAGCUCAUGGUUCCAGGAGAGUGGAAGGCUAUUGAAAACUUUGGAUUGACUUAUUCAACUGGUCAGUUCAAAGCAACUGAUCAUCGUUACAAAAUGGGCUUCAUGGCGCAAACAAGAGUUGUGAGGAUGGAUCCAUUGCCUGAUUCUUAUUACCUGUCAUUGACUCCUUUCAAUGAUGUUUUAACUGCUGGUCUCAACCAGAACUACUUGAUUGGUACAUUUUCAUAUUAGCUAUAUUUUCAUUUUUAUCUAAUCCUUUAUGCAAUAUAUAUUGACGUUUUGAUA